CCGUUUUCUCCUGCUUAGCAGGGGAACAUCUUGGAUGUGAGAAUUUAACUUACCUUGGAAUGGCUGAUGAGCGAUGAUCAAAAGGACCUUCCCCAUUUACAGCAGUGAUGGAGAACACGACUUGGCCACAUCCUUCGUACGUCCCCCAUUAUCUCCUUCGUGGUGACCCUUUUGCUUCAAGACUCUCAAAAGAGGCGGACAUCAUUGCGGGCUUUUACAUCUGCAUCAUAGGCAUCAUGUCUGCAACAGGAAAUGGCUACGUCAUUUAUAUGAGCACCAAACGCAAGACCAAGUUAAAGCCUCCUGAGCUCAUGACUGUUAAUCUAGCCAUCUUCGAUUUUGGCAUAUCAGUGACUGGAAAGCCCUUUUUCGUUGUAUCUAGUUUCUCCCACCGCUGGAUAUUUGGCUGGAAGGGCUGCCGAUUCUACGGCUGGGCUGGCUUCUUCUUUGGCUGCGGGAGCCUCAUCACCAUGACCGUGGUGAGCCUGGACCGGUACCUCAAGAUCUGCCAUAUCCGAUACGGCACAUGGCUGAAACGUCAUCACACCUUCAUAUGUCUGGCCUUUGUAUGGUUGUAUGCAGCCUUCUGGGCCACUAUGCCCCUGGUCGGCUGGGGGAACUAUGCUCCGGAGCCCUUUGGGACAUCCUGCACUCUAGACUGGUGGCUUGCACAGGCCUCUGUGUCGGGCCAGAGCUUUGUCAUGGUCAUCAUGUGCUUCUGUCUUGUCCUCCCUGCUGGGAUCAUUGUCUUCUCUUACGUCAUGAUUAUCUUCAAGGUCAAGUCUUCUUCUAAGGAGAUUUCACACUACGAUGCUCGCAUCAAAAACAGCCACACCCUUGAGAUGAAACUCACAAAGGUGGCAAUGCUGAUCUGUGCAGGCUUCUUGAUAGCCUGGAUUCCUUAUGCAGUGGUAUCAGUGGUGUCAGCGUUCGGUGAGCCAGACUCAGUCCCCAUCCCUGUGUCUGUUGUACCUACAUUGCUGGCCAAGUCCUCAGCGAUGUACAACCCCAUCAUUUACCAGCUUGUGGACCUGAAAAACUCGUGCUCAUCCUGCUGUCUUAGAGCCAUGAAGAAACGAAAGCAUUUUAGAAAGUCAAGGUUCUACACCAUCUCUGGCUCAGUGAAGGAUACAGCACCAGCCAAAGAGGCUCACAUUGAGAUGUGAGACAGACAUCUGAGACAAUUUUACAUUCGUACCUCUCUUGCUUUGGAGAGUUUUGCCUUUUCCCUCUGUGCCCUACACUUAACCAAUCACACGCUGCCUGCCUACAUGAUCAACAGCUCACCUUUGCUGCUGGUUCCUGAGUCUUGAGACCUGGUUUUACCCCCACGCUGGACAUCUAUGUGUUUCCUGCAGCUUUCUGUCUCUUCAUAUGUGGAAACUCAUCCCAGUUGCAAGGUUUUCCUCGAUCUGUGGAGUUACUUUGGAGUGUUGUGCAAAUACUGACUUUUUUUUUUUUAGUAUUGCAAAAAUAAUGUCUGGCGUUGCCAUGAAACACAAACAUGUUACCCAAAAGACGAUGGCAUGAAUCAAAUUUAAACACCGAAGAGGUUCACAGCCAAAGUCACAUCUUGAGCUAUUUUCCUAAAUGCAGUUUUUGCUAAAAGUGUAAAAUGCUAGAAAGAUGUCAAAGUGAAUACAUUUCCAGUUGUGUUUCUUUAGCUGAGCUGCAAAUAAAAACACACAGACAGGCGGGAACCAGUCACUUCAAUUUCAGGUGUUAAUGUCAAGCUCCAAGUUGUGUUUUCUGCUGUUUGUAUAGACUGCUAUCUUAUGAACUCUUAACACCUGUAUAGCUUGUAUACAGUAUAUAAUCAAUAUUUCAAGGCACUGGAUCAGCUUGUCUGAUUAGCUGAUAAAUGACAGGGCAAUGUUAGACCAUUUUAAUCAAUAAGGCAUAGGCUGUGGCCUUCCAUGGAGAUCAUUUUGCAACAUUUUUGAAGGUUGAUUGAAGUAAACAGUUUAAGGCUUAGCAUUUUACAAGAAAACACAGGAUAAGGUGCACUUUACUUUCAAACCCAUUAUGAAUGCACUGAUGACAGCUUGUUGCAGAGGAGCCGGCAGUACUGAAUUAAAGAAAACAUCUGAAAUACCUCCUACCUACAUUUAUGGAA